AUGUUAGAAUCAUUCGCUAAAGAAAAGUCCAAAAUUUCUGGUGAUGAAAAUUUACCCGAAACGAAAGAAGAAGUACAGCAGCAAUCAAAAUCAGAUUUGGUACUAUUAGUGAAACCAAGUUUUUGCAAUGACAGUGAGCAUCCCCUGGAAUUCACUUAUGUAUUUUCUUAUUUUGUACGUCCACAAGGGAAAUUUGAUCCGGAAGACUAUGCUUUAUAUGUACAACCAGUAGCUUCAUUCAAUUCCGUGGAACAGUUCUGGAACACAUAUUGUUUCUUGAAACGUCCUGCUGAUAUCACUGAGAAAGUAGAUUUCCACAUGUUUAAAAAGGGCAUCAAACCUGUUUGGGAAGAUGACGCGAAUCGAAAGGGUGGUAAAUGGAUUUUACGUUUGAAAAAGGGUUUUUCAUCGAGAAUUUGGGAAAAUUUGAUAUUAGCAAUGAUUGGCGAGCAGUUCCUUGUUGGUGAGGAAAUCUGUGGCGCUGUUUGCUCCAUACGUAAUCAGGAGGAUAUUGUUUCGUUGUGGAAUCGUACGGCAGAUAACUUGGCAACGACAAACCGUAUUCGUGAUACCUUGCGACGGGUUUUAAAUCUACCUCCGAAUGCUAUUUUGGAAUACAAACGUCAUGACGAUUGCUUAAAGCACGGACCAAAGCAGUUAUCGCCAUACAAAUGUGGACUUACCAAGAAGAUAAAAUAA